AUGGGUCAACAAUGCUGGAUUAUAUUAACAGGAGAUAAAGUUGUUAGUGAUCUUUUACAAAAACGUGGUGGGAAAUACUCAUCUCGCCCACCGAAUUAUUAUUUUUAUCAAAUAUUGACAAGAAGUAAAGGGUUUAUUAAUGGCCCGUAUGAUGAGAGAUAUAAAAAGCUUGCACCUAUUAUGCUUGAGCUCUUAGGCCAACGAGCCGUAAAAAAAAAUUCUGAUUUGAUAGAUUCUCAAUUUCGUAUACUUAUGCAAAACCUUUACCAAGCUUCAACGAAUAUUGAAGAUAGCUUAUAUCCUAAAUAUUAUUUUCAACUAGCAAGUUUAAACAUCAUAACUAUCUUAUGCUUGGCUAAAAGUUUAAAAGAUAUUGAAGAUCCGUUUUAUAAAGAGUUUGAAAUUUUUACGAAAAAUUAUUUAGAACUUAUUAAAAUAACAAAUAGAUUAUCCGAUUUUUUUCCAAUAUUAAGAUUAUUUUCGGGAAAUAAAUUAUAUCGUCGGGUAUUUGAAGAAAGAAGAAUCAUUGAAUCUUUCUAUGAAAAAUUGAUUGAAGAAGUCAAAAACGAUAGUGAAGAGAAACUCUGUUUUAUUAGAAGAUUACUUCAUAAAGUGGAUGAAGAAAUGUUAGAUGAACUUGACAUUAUUUAUCUCAUAAAUGAUAUUUUUUUAGCAGGAACUGAUACAGUUUCCUCAAGUUUGACGUGGAUCACAGCUGUUUUAGCAAACAAUCCUCAAGUUCAAUACAAAGCUCACCAAGAACUUGAUCAAGUAAUUGGUCAUUCUCGUUUACCAAGUGCUUCUGAUGAACCAAACUUGCCUUAUAUACGUGCAAUAAUUAAAGAAGGACAGAGAUAUCGUGGUCCGAUUUAUCUUGGUGUGCCUCAUUAUAUUGAAGAAGAUGAUGAAUAUAAUGGAUAUCAUAUUCCAGCAAAUUCUGUUGUUAUUUUAAAUCAAUAUGGAAUUCAUAAAGAUGAAAGAAGAUAUGAAAAUCCUAAAGAGUUUAAACCUGAAAGAUUUUUUGAUAUUACGGAAAGUAGUGCAGUUUUAGCAAAUGGAAAUUAUCAAAAUAGAGACCAUUUCGGAUUUGGUGCUGGUAGAAGACUUUGCACUGCAAUUCAUAUGGCUGAACUUGAACUUUUUUGGGGAGUUUCACGACUUCUUUGGUGUUUCAAAAUUGAAAACGCAUCACCAUUAGGUAAAGAUGGUAAACAAAUACCAAUUGAUCUCGAAAAGGCAUGUAUAGGUGCUACUAUAUGGCCCGAAAAGUAUCAUAUUAAAUUUAUAAAAAGGCAUGAUAAUGUUGAAAAGGUCUUAUUUGGAUAA